AUGUCUGUGUCCUUGUCCUUGUCCAUGUCUGUGUCCUUGUCCAUGUCUGUGUCCUUGUCCAUGUCCAUAUCUGUGUUCUUGUCCAUAUCUGUGUCCUUGUCCAUGUCCAUAUCUGUGUCCUUGUCCAUAUCUGUGUCCUUGUCCAUAUCUGUGUCCUUGUCCAUAUCUGUGUCCUUGUCCAUGUCCUUGUCCAUGUUCAUGUCCAUGUCCAUGUCUGUGUCCUUGUCCAUGUCCAUAUAUGUGUCCUUGUCCAUAUAUGUGUCCUUGUCCAUGUCUGUGUCCUUGUCCUUGUCCAUGUCCAUAUCUGUGUCCUUGUCCAUGUCCGUGUCCUUGUCCACGUCUGUGUCCUUGUCCAUGUCCAUAUAUGUGUCCUUGUCCAUGUGUCCUUGUCAUGUCUGUGUCCUUGUCCUUGUCCAUGUCCAUAUCUGUCCUUGUGUCCAUGUCCGUGUCCUUGUCCACGUCUGUGUCCUUGUCCAUGUCCAUAUCUGUGUCCACGUCUGUGUCCUUGUCCAUGUCCAUAUCUGUGUCCUUGUCCUUGUCCUCCACGUUUGGGAUGGAGUUGGUUUCUUCCACAGAGAAAAGUCAUGUAUUCUUGCAAGCUAA